UAUGGGUGUGUCCGGCCUAACUAAAAGAAAGUUUAAACGCGACACCUAUAGGCAUUUGGGUAAAGUUAAUUCCAUCACAAUGAAACACGACAUUUUAGUUUGUAUUGAAAACUUAGGAUUGACAGAUUGGAACAAAUAUUACGAGUAUUUAGAAGAAACCCUGCUUAGUUCAAAAGAAUUAACGGAAAUCUCCCAAGAUGGUUCUUGUCACGUAAUUCAAAUGAGUGAACGGCAACCUAUAAUGUCAAAUACUAAACGUCAAUCCGACGCCGAAAGACUGAUCUUAAACCACAGCGCUGAAUAUUUGAAUAUGUUAAUUACGAGAAAAUUGGAAAAGGUGACGUUAGAAAGACAUAUCAAGAGCUUCCCUUGUCUUUGCCAGUAUAUAGAAAUUAAGGUGUUUAAAAGAUGGCGUUGUGGAUGGAAGACUGAGAGUGACUUACAAGAGAAUGAGUCCAAGUAUGAAUUUGAAAGAGAAGUACAUUUACUUCAAGAGAAAAGGAUUAAAGCCAGUAAAGAAAGACAUAAAACAAAAUUAGACGAAAUGAAAUGUUACCUUCCGGUCUUUACUAGGAAUAUUUUAUCCCCUACCAACAAGACUCCUGCAAUAAAUUCUUGUCAAGAAUUAUUUAAACCUCUUGUUUUUCUGAAAGCAUCCUUUCAAUCAGGCUCUCAAGAAUGUAAGUUGUCCGUUUUUGAGUUUCAACCAGCAGAUAAAUAUACUAAAAAGCCUAUAAUGACCUUGACAAAGAAAAAUUAUACGGAUAGUUUCAAAGAAUUGAAAAGUGAUAUAUUCGAAAUAGAAUGUGAUAAGCAGAAUAAAGAUGAGAGUAAAAACCACCCAAAGGACACUAGAAUGGAAGAAAACGUACCAAAAAGUCAUAUAUUUAUUAAUGUACAACCAAAAAACAUUAGUACAAAGGCGAAGAAUUUCAAUAUUCUUCUUCUGACAUUGGAAAGCCUAUCUAGAGAUGAAUUUGUUAGGAAUUUCAUUCAAACAUUUUCGUAUUUGAGAAGCAAACGUUUGAAAUCACAGCUUCUGUACGGCUAUCAAGCAUCGGUAGACGUACUUGAUACUGUUUUACCUUUGUUGACAGGAUAUAGUACCAAAAAGGCCAUGGAGUUUGUUGGUAAAAAUCAAGCAUCUUUGGCAGACAGUCUACCAUUUAUAUGGAAUAUUUUUGAACAGCAAAAUUACGUCACACUAUUUGCGGAAGAUAAUGAAAAGAAGACGGUUUUUGAAGAAAAAUUGAAUGGAUUUGAAGAAAGUCCAGUUAAUCAUUAUAUGAAACCAUUUUGGUCUAUUCAUGACAAUAUUGCUAGUGAAUGUCGUCAUAACCAUAUAUUUCAAUAUAUUCAAGAUAUGUUUGAAAUGUAUCCUAUUGUUCAGCCAAAAUUUGCUGCAGCUUUAAUUAAGGCUGAAACUAAUAUGAGAAAUGUGGAUGAUUCUCUGCCAAUAACUAUGGAAGAUGAAGUUGGAAAAAGAUCACCUUUAUUACUUGUUAAACCUCCAAAAGAUUACUUUACAAAUCAAUCGAGAAGCAUCAAUAAUUUACAAGAAAAUUCUGAAGUUCUUGUCUCACCUUACGAUGUUCACGCAACUUUAUACGAUAUUGCUGAACCUUUUAAGCAUAGCACAGACAAUUCCGCGGUCAGUCUCUUUCACAAGAUUCCAUUGAGAUCUUGUAAAGACAUUAAAAUAUCGGAAGAACAUUGUAGUUGUAUACGUUAUGGAAAGGAAACGGAAAAAGGUUUAAGCAAUAAAUUCCAACAAAUCAUAGUUGACGAAAUAAACGAAAAGCUUAAAGAAUACACCGAUAUUUGCUCAAUGCAUUCAACAAAUAGAGUUAUUAAAUCAACACAGUUAAUCCUUAAUAAGAUGGCGCAAAAUCUUGAUAGUGAAUAUCACGAAAUAGAAAUUGAGACUAAUCCGCACAAAGCUCAAUACAAUUCAAUAGUGGAGUUUAAUAAAAAACUAUCAAAGAUAAGUUUAAUAAAUGAUAUUGUAAGGAUAAAUUCAAAAAGAAAUCAAGCCAAUUGCGUCAUUGAAAAAGAUCGUAGUCUAAGACCUUUUUGUGUGUGUAAACCAAAGAGAGAUCCUUAA